UCUCAUGAAGACAAGAUGAAGAGGUAUGAGGAUCUUGUGGAGAAUGCUUUCUACAACAAGCUACAGUUGCCCAAAAACAAAUAUGGAAGGAGCUCUUCAGAGUUUAGUAAUAGAGGUAGAUUCAAUAGAGGACAAGGUGCAAUUUGAGGUGGAAGAAGAGGUCGUGGAGGUUGAUUUGGCAGCAUUAGGCAUCAUCAGAGAGCCAAUGAAAGAAGUGACUACCAGAGUUCAAUUCAGUGCUUUGUUUGUAAGAGAAAGUGUUCCAGAUGUUUGGUAUGUGGACAGUGGCUGCAGCAAUCACAUGACAGGAAACAUUAAUCUCUUCAUGAACCUGGACAAGUCAGUGGGCAAAAAGAUAACCAUGGGUGAUGGUACCAUACAAGAAGCACAAGGAAAAGGUACGGUUAAAUUGGAUGAAUAUGGCAAGAAUUGUAUUGAUGAUGUUUUGUUCGUACCUCAUUUGGAUUCUAAUUUGCUAAGUGUGGGUCAGUUUAUGAUGGAUGGAUAUUCACUUGUUUUUGAAAAUAUGGCUUGCUAUGUUUACAAAGAUGGAACUAAAAAGGAGCUUUUAAUUAAAGUUCCAAUGGCAAAAAACAAGUGUUUUCCUUUAACUCUUGAUUUGCAUGGUUUGCCUAUCAUUGAACAAGUUGAUGGUGUGUAUGAAAGCUGUGUUUAUGGCAAACAACAUCGAGAUGCUUUUCCCAAAGGAAAGGCGAGAAGAGCUUUGAAACCUGCUGAGUUGAUACAUGCAAAUGUUUGUGGGCCAAUGAAUACUUUGUCUCUCAACAAAAGCAGGUAUUUUAUUAUCUUUGUUGAUGAUUUUAGUAGACUGACAUGGGUUUACUUUGCCAAAGAAAAGUUAGAUGCCUUCCCAAUCUUUAAAAAAUUCAAAGCCCUUGUUGAAAAGCAAAGUGGAUGUUCAAUCAAAGUUCUGCGGAUAGAUCAAGGUGGGGAGUUUGUUUCAGUUGAAUUUAAUAGAUUUUGUGAAGAUUUCGACAUCAAAAGGCAGUUGACAGCAAGCUAUACCCCUCAACAAAAUGGGGUAGCUGAAAGGAAAAAUAGAAGCCUUGUGGAGAUGGCAAAAAGCAUGCUGAAAGCUAAAGGUCUUCCAAACAGUUUCUGGGCAAAAGCAAUCCACACUACUGCUUAUAUUCAAAAUCACAGUCUCACAGCAGCUUUGCAUUAUCAGACUCCUUUCGAAGCUUGGCAUGGCUGGAAGCCCAAGGUAACUCACUUUAAAGUUUUCAGUGAUGAAACUAAAGGUUAUAGAUUUUAUGAUCCUAUCACCAAGAAGUUACUAAUUAGUCGUGAUGUGAUUUUUGAUGAGAAAAAUUCAUGGAAUUGGAAUGAAAAGAAAAGUCCAGGUUCUGUGGUGGUUAAUGGCAUUUUGGAGGAUGAUCCAGUCAUGACUGAGGGUGAAAUGGGUGAAGGUCAAAUUUCCUCUACACCUAACAGUGGCAGUAGAUCGUGUCCAUGCUCACCUGAGACACCUCCACGCACAAGGAAGGCAAGGAGAGUAAAAUCCUUGGUGGAACUCUAUGAACAAACUCAAAGGUGUCAAAUGGCACAUGCCCUGGAAAGAAAUCAAACAUGGGAGCUUGUGGACUUUCCUAAAGACAACAAAGUUGUAAGUCUAAAGUGGGUAUACAAGACCAAGUACAAUUCUGAUGGGUCAAUUCAUAAACACAAGGCUAGAUUGAUUGCUAGAGGUUACAUGCAGCAAGAAGGUGUGGAUUUUGAUGAGACUUUGUACUGGUUGCCAGCCUUUUUGAAUGGAUUCCUAGAGGAAGAUGUGUAUGUACAGCAACCCCAGGGUUAUGAAAUUGAAGGACAAGAGCAGAAAGUGUACAAGUUGAAGAAAGCACUCUAUGGUCUAAAGCAAGCACCACAGGCUUGGUAUGAAAGAAUUAAUGCUCAUUUUUGUAGCCAUGGGUUUCAUAAAAGUCCAAGUGAGCCUACUUUGUAUGUCCGGACCAAAGGUGGAGAUGAGAAUGACGAGGGAAUUUUUAUUUCCCAAGAGAAAUAUGCUAAAGAUCUUCUUAAGAAGUACAGGUUGGAAGACUGUAACUCAAUGAGCACUCCAUUGGUUUCUAAUCAGAAGUUUAGUUUGAAUGAUGGAGAAAAAAAGGUUGAUGUUCAUGCCUAUUGUAGCCUUAUUGGGAGUCUUCUUUAUCUUCCAAACAACAGGCCUGAUAUUGCUUUUGCCACUAGUGUGCUAUCUCGUUUUAUGUAGAGUCCAAGCAAGACACAUUAUGGAGCAGCAAGGAGGAUUCUAAGAUACUUGAAGGGGACAAUCUCUUUUGGCAUUUUAUAUGCCAAAAAUGACCAAUUUAAUUUAUUUGGGUACUCUGAUAGUGAUUGGGCAGGUUGUGUUGAUGACCGGUGUAGUACUUCAGGUUAUGCUUUCUUUUUGGGGUCCGAUGCUAUCUCUUGGAGUUCAAGGAAGCAAGCCUCUACAGCUUUGUCAUCUUCAGAAGCAGAAUAUAUCUCCUUAACAGUA